AUGGCCAAGGUCCCCGAGCUGGAGGAAGCCUUCCUGCAGGCUCAGCCGUCGCCGCAAGUCCCCCCUCAAGUCCAGGAGGAGUGCUGCGUGCAGCUUCUGGACAAGGGCUUGCUGGUCUACCCUGAGGAUCGGGUGUACCUCGAGGCCGAGGCUCAGCCGGGGGGCGCCCGGGGAAGUGGGGAGAGAGAAGACCCGGAGCUGCCGGUGGGUGUUAAAUCAGAAAUGCAUUUAAGCAAUGGCAGCUUUUCUUCUGAGGAAGAGGAUGCUGAUAGUCAAGACAGCAAAACCAAAGCAACUGAUCCACACCUCGCUCAGAAGAAAACCAUCACACAGAUUAUGAAAGAUAAAAAGAAGCAGACUCAGCUCACUUUGCAGUGGCUUGAGGAGAAUUACAUUGUAUGUGAAGGAGUUUGCUUACCAAGGUGCAUCCUCUAUGCACAUUAUUUAGAUUUCUGUAGGAAAGAGAAAUUGGAACCAGCUUGUGCAGCCACCUUUGGAAAGACCAUCCGCCAGAAAUUUCCCCUCUUGACGACAAGACGGCUUGGAACAAGAGGCCAUUCAAAGUACCAUUAUUAUGGAAUUGGCAUCAAAGAGAGCAGUGCAUAUUACCACUCCGUAUAUUCGGGAAAGGGUCUGACAAGGUUUUCUGGAAGCAAACUGAAGAAUGAGGGUGGCUUCACACGUAAAUACUCUCUUAGUUCAAAAACUGGAACACUUCUUCCAGAAUUCCCCAGUGCGCAACACCUUGUGUACCAAGGAUGCAUUUCUAAAGACAAGGUUGAUACUCUCAUAAUGAUGUACAAGACUCACUGUCAGUGUAUCCUGGAUAAUGCAAUUAAUGGAAACUUUGAAGAGAUCCAGCAUUUCUUAUUACAUUUUUGGCAAGGAAUGCCUGAUCAUCUUCUUCCCCUGCUUGAAAACCCUGUUAUCAUUGAUAUUUUCUGUGUUUGUGACUCAAUUCUUUAUAAGGUCCUCACAGAUGUGCUAAUACCUGCCACAAUGCAAGAGAUGCCUGAAAGCUUACUAGCAGAUAUCAGAAACUUUGCUAAAAACUGGGAACAGUGGGUUGUUACAUCCUUGGAAAAUCUCCCAGAGGUUCUUACUGACAAGAAAAUACCUAUUGUGAGAAGGUUUGUUUCUUCUCUGAAACGACAAACUUCUUUCUUGCAUCUUGCCCAGAUUGCUAGACCAGCUCUCUUUGAUCAACAUGUUGUGAAUUCAAUGGUGUCUGAUAUUGAAAAGGUUGACUUGAACAGUAUUGGAUCGCAGGCCCUUCUCACCAUUUCAGGCAGUACCGAUGCUGAAUCUGACAUCUACACUGAAAAUGAUUCUAUCACAGUGUUCCAAGAACUGAAAGAUCUCCUUAAGAAAAACGCCACUGUGGAAGCUUUUAUUGAAUGGCUGGAUACCGUAGUAGAACAGAGAGUUAUUAAGACCAGUAAACAAAAUGGAAGGUCAUUAAAGAAGAGGGCUCAAGACUUUUUGCUGAAGUGGAGCUUUUUUGGUGCUCGAGUAAUGCACAAUCUCACCUUGAACAACGCAUCCAGUUUUGGUUCUUUCCAUUUGAUCCGAAUGCUUCUUGAUGAAUACAUUCUUCUGGCUAUGGAGACCCAGUUUAACAAUGAUAAAGAGCAGGAAUUACAGAAUUUAUUGGACAAAUAUAUGAAGAAUUCAGAUGCAAGUAAAGCUGCCUUUACUGCUUCUCCAAGUUCUUGUUUUCUGGCCAACCGUAAUAAAGGGAGUACUGUAUCCAGUGACUCUGUGAAGAAUGAAAGUCAUGUGGAAACAAAUUAUCUUCCUCUGCCCUCAAGCCAACCAGGAGCUGUAGUAUCUGCUCUGCACCCAUUCCCUGCUGGGAAUACAGACAACAUGCCUCUUCCAGGUCCAAUAGAGCUUCCCCAGAACACUGGUCAUCUGAUGACCCCACCCAUUUCUCCUGCUAUGGCAAGCAGAGGAAGUGUCAUUAACCAAGGACCAAUGGCAGGGAGACCUCCAAGUGUAGGUCCAGUGCUGCCUGCCCCCACACAUUGCUCAACUUUCUCAGAGCCUGUUUAUCCUACUCAAGCCAGCCAUGACUUUUAUGGGACCAGCGCUAACUAUCAGACUGCAUUUAGAGCACAGCCCCACCCACCAUCAGGACUCUAUCCUCAUCGACCAGAGCAUGGUCGGUGUGUGGCCUGGAGUGAACAGCAAUUUUCUAGAGAUUUCUUCAGUGGCAGCUGUGCUGGGUCUCCAUAUAGUCCUCGGCCACCUUCUGGUUAUGGACCCUCCCCACAUGGCCAAGAUUCACAUGCUAUGCAGUUUUUAAAUACAGGAAGUUUCAAUUUCUUGAACAACACAGGAGCUGCCAACUGCCAAGGAGCAACAUUACCUCCUAAUUCACCUAAUGGAUACUACGGAAGCAAUAUAAACUACCCAGAGUCUCAUAGGCUGGGGUCAAUGGUUAAUCAACACGUGUCUGUUAUCAGCAGUGUUCGCUCACUACCUACCUACAGUGAUAUCCAUGAUCCACUCAACAUUUUAGAUGACAGUAGUAGAAAGCAGACUGGUUCAUUUUAUGCAGACACAUCACCAUCUAUUACUUGUAGAACUCCAGUAGUAGCAUCCAGCUUACAAACUUCAAUUCCUUCAUCCUCAACUCAAUGUAUGUAUGGUGCAUCCAAUCAGUAUCCAACUCAAGAAACCCUGGAUAACCAUGGACCAAACAAUAGAGAAAUGGUGUCUUCCUUACCACCAAUCAACACUGUGUUCAUGGGUACAGCAGCUGGAGGCACUUAA